GAUCUACAACCUUUGCUAGCAAAUCUCGCAAGCGUUGCAGUUCAAAAGAUAUACUAAGAAAAGAAAUGCUGAUGAAACAAGUAUUUGGAAACAUCCCUGAGAUUUUUGAUGGGAAUUUCCCCAAAUACCAGCAAUGAAGAUGAAAGAAAGAAAGCAACAGAUUUCAUUAAAGCUUUCAACGCAUCUAUGAUCGGAAUGGGAUUCUCAUUUAUGAUAGGUCCUUUCAAAUUCCCAGUUCCAAAAUCACUCACGACUGUUGCUCACAAGCAAGCUUACGACUACGUUGAUGUUUUUGUCAAUAAGGCAUUAGGAACAACACGGGAAGAGACCACCAUGAGAACAAACCCACAUCUACCGAUGCAGAAAAGUCUUCUAGAAGGUCUAGCUAAGCAGACUGAUGAUCGUAUAGAAAUCCGUCAGAAUAUUAUCCAGGGAAUGAUGGCAGCACAGGGUAAUACAUACGUUCUAAUCAGCAAUACAUUGUUCCUUCUUUCGCGUAAUCCAGAACUUUAUCAAAGACUUCGAGACGAAGUAGAAUAUUUGGACCUCGAAGCGUCUUCUCAGCUAUUUGGCCCACUAAGAGAUCACGUUUUCCUCCAGAAUAUUCUGCGCGAAUCUCUUCGUAUAAUUAUACCCUGUAUUCCCAAUCAUGAAUCACAUUGCUCUCCGCGACACAAUACUUCCAAGAGGAGGCGGUGCAAGCGGAAAAGCUCCAAUUUUCGCACCCAAAGGUACAACGAUAUAUACGAAUCAGUAUACUUUAGAUCGUGACGAGACAGUAUUCGGAAAUGGCGUUGAAAUAUUCAACCCGGGUCGAUGGAAUUCCUUCAACUGUAAAUCCACCUCUUGGGAAUAUAUGCCAUUUGGCGGAGGACCACGGGCUUGUGUCGGACAACAAAACGCGCUGGCAGAGGCAGCAUAUAUUGUGGCGAAGAUCGCACAGGUGUAUAAGGGAUUGGAGAGUCGUGAUGAUAAAGAUUGGGAGGGAGAGUGGAAGUUGACAGCUAAGAAUGUAAAUGGAUGUAAAGUUGCGUGUAUCCCAGCAUGAGCCAUGGUAGCCAAGUGUUCAAAAUUUACAUGUCAAUAUGACAAUGAUCA